GAGUCGCAUGGACUUCAGCUGCUGGGUGUGCUCAGAUCAUUCAGGGAGCGAGGCUUGAUGUUUGACUUCACCAUUAAUGUCCAGGGACAAAGUUUUCCCUGCCAUCGCUGUGUUCUUGCUGCAUGCAGUGAUUUCUUCAGGGCCAUGUUUGAAGUGGAUAUGCGAGAGCGUGGUGAUGGUUCAGUGACUCUGGGUAACCAGUGUCCGGAGGCGGUGGUGUCUUUUCUGGACUUUGCCUACUCUGGAGAGACACUCAUCACAGAUGCCAAUGUAGACCUGCUGUUUAAGCUUGCCUCUUUUCUGCAGGUGUCAGUCCUGUCCCGAGCGUGCAGCACCUUCCUGAUAGGAACCAUGGAUCUUUGUAACUGUCUGUCCCUCUUCUCCCUUGCUGAGGCCUACGGCUCGGCCCCCCUCCUCCAAAGUGCCAACGAGUUUGUGGUUCAGAAUUUUUCUGACCUUUCCAAAACACAGGACUAUAUGGAUAUGCAGGUGAAUGUGUUGGAAGCAUGCCUACGGUCAGAUGCUUUAAAUGUGCCUAGUGAGGAGGAUGUAGUGACGUCACUUCUUAAAUGGAUCCGCCAUGAUCUCCUGGAAAGACAGAAACUGUUGCCGGGCUUGUUAUCUCUAACCAGACUCCACCACCUACCUGCUCUAAAGGUACAAACAACCCUGCGUGAUUCAGACACUCUGUUCUGCGACAGUGAGUCCUGUCUCGCCCUGUUCUCAGAGGCUCAGAGCCGACAGGAACAGUACAGCGGUCUGCUCACUGAUGCCAGGCCCGCCACCACACAGACCUACAUCUACAUCCACAAGACGGAGGAGAACGGAGAGAUCCGCCACACCUUUUGCUACUGCCUGGAAACAGACCAGUGGAAAGAGCUGGAAACAGGGCAAGGAGAGGGGACAGCCACGAUACCAGACCCACCGGGAUCAUACCUUACCAGCUACGCUGAGAAGAUGUUUGUGACAGGGGGUUGCAAGGGGAACUGUUGCCGGGCAAUACGUCUCCAUGUGGCCGAGCCAUUCCAUGAUGCCACGGACGAGGUUUGGUGCUUCUGUCCCGUGACCCUAACCUGCACGCCCGCACCAGCCUUGCUGAAGGCCAGAACAAUGCAUACAGCUGUAACCUGCCUGGACCGAGUGUACGUCAUUGGAGGACGGACCAAGGGAUCCAGAGGGGGAGCUUGCAGUCUGUUGGAGGUGGAGUAUUAUGACCCUCUCACCCAGACCUGGUGCUCAGUCAGCCGACUCCCCACUGCCAUCUUCUACCCCGAGGCCAGUGCUUGUGGCAGUGUUAUCUAUACUCUGGGAUCAGAGGUGGAGAUCACAGACUCCUUCAACCCCUCACUGGACUGCUUCUUCUCCUACGAUGCCCAGAAGGACCAGUGGAGCCGUCUGGUGGCAGAGUUUGGCCAGUUCUUCCAUGCUACACUAGUCAAGGCGGUGUCAAUUAAUAACACACUGCACCUCUGUGACCUGUCCACUUAUAAGGUGUACAGUUUUUGUCCGGAGACCUGUGUGUGGAAGGGUGAAGGGUCAUUCGAGUGUGCAGGGUUCAAUGCUGGAGCAGUGGGAAUGAGAGACAGAAUCUACAUCCUGGGUGGAGACUAUUCACCUGAUGAGAUCACUGAUGAAGUUCAGGUGUACCACAGUGGGAGGAGUCAGUGGGAGGAAGUGGCUCCCAUGCCCAGAGCGCUCACUGAGUUCCACUGCCAGCUCAUCAGCUUCAACAGAUACAGAGACCCCUGGGGUGACAUGGCCUGACACACGG